GUGCAGCCGGCGCAGACGUUAGACCUCGCGUUUAUGCCGCUCGCCGAUUGGUGGAAGGUCGGCGCUGGAGGGAGAGGCGGAGUGGGACGGGUAAAGGAGACGGCGGUUGAUGUGGGGAUUUUCGUUCUCUCCCGAAAGUGCUGCAGAGAGGGCGUUCCACAGAGAGGGCGCCACUACUGAGAAGUAUCCCUCUGCCUGGUUCCCUGUAACUUUGCUUCUCACAGUGAGGGAACCAGCAGAAGACCCUUGGAGGAGGACCUCAGGGCUGAGUGAUGGGGGUGGAGAUGCUCCUCCUGGGCUGAGGCCGUUUAGGCUUAGAGCAAAAGAGAUUUCUACUUCCAAGGGAUAACGAAAAAUCUGGCCAGGAGAUUUGCGGGAACUUCUCAUAAUUUAAGGCAAUGGAAGUAAUUCCAGAACUCUAUGAUAUUUUCCAAGGAGAGGUUGCUUCUGUGACAGAAUAUGGAGCAUUCAUUAAAAUUCCAGGAACAAGGAAACAAGGCCUUGUACACAAAAGUCACAUGUCAAACUGCAGGGUGGACCAGCCCUCAGAGUUGGUGGAUGUAGGAGAAAAAGUGUGGGUGAAACUUAUAGGAAAAGAGAAGACAGAUGAGAAGUUAAAAUUGUCUCUUUCGAUGAAGGUUGUUAAUCAAGGAACUGGAAAGGACCUGGACCCCAACAAUGUGGCCCUUGAUCAAGAUGCACGGAAGAAAGGCUCAUUCAAAGACUACACCAGCCAGAAGAUCACUCUAGAAGCAGUCUUAAACACAGUUUGCAAAAAGUGUGGCUGUCCAGGUCAUUUUGCAAAAGAUUGCUUCCUGCAGCCAGGAGGGACCAAGUACACUCUGAUUCCAGAGGAAGAAGAAGUCCCUCCAGAAGAAGAAAAGAAGGCACAUAAAUCUGAAGAUUUUGUGAAGAAGAGAAAAAAGGUAAAAGAUUGGCUGACAGGAUUGAGUACAGGUAACAGUUCUGUUGCCACAUUCAUGGAGAACAAGCUCAGCAAGCUGCCAGUUGCAAUGAUGUCAGCAAUCUUGUACAUGACUACUCAAAAGAAAAAAAGAGAAAAAAGAAACACAAGAGCAAAACUCCUUCCGAACUGGGGGAUUCUGACAGUGGUGAGUCAGAUGCUGAUGAUGUUCAGCCAUCAAGGAAGAAAUCAAAACGGACUGAAAAAGCUAGUGCAUCCCAGAAGCGAAAAAAGAAGAAGCAUCAUAAGAAGAAGCACAAGGACUGAGAAGCGGAUCCAAGGCCUUAGGCUGUGCUGACACAGUGUGCACCCUCUGGGCUCCUGUAAUCUGCUGGAGAAAAGAAUAGUUGAGCUAGUGCAACUUGCAUUAUAACAAAAGGCUAUUCCUUCUUUGAAAAGCACCGUUGUUUUCCUACAAAUUUUUCCCACAAGAACCGCCACUUUUCUCUACAUGGAAGAAGCCAGCUGCUGUUGGGUGUUCCUUGCCACAGAUGUUGCCCUCAUUCAUGUGAAACGCUUCUCCUUCUGUAGCUCCUUUUUCUUCUGGGCCUUGUGCCAGGCAGUUCCUUUGGAACAACCCUGAGCCAUCUCCAUGAAGCAUGCAUGGCACAGGCAAUCAAUGCAGCUUCCUUAGCCAGGGUGGCAGCUGUGUGUUGAUUCAGCAUCUCGCCAGUCAUUCUCUGCACGCCAGCAGAAAGAGCAGUGGACACAUCAUCUUGGCUGGUCGAUUUGUUCUGCACUGAUCACACCACUGCAUUUUUGCCCCAUUCAUACUGCAGUACUGGAGGAAGAAAAAAUUCAUUAAUUGAAUAGUCCUAGGGGUUGCAAAAGCACAAAUCAAAAUGUGAAGAUGAGCUUUGUGGUUAUAUUGCUAGCCAUUUAAACUCUGAAAUAAAGCCUUUUUUCUCCUCCCGAGGUGUAAUCCCUUUCUGUUACAUUUUGGCCAAUGGAACAGCUGGGUAAUAGAAAGGAAGAAGUCUUUCUGUUGGAUACAAAAUAGUCUUUAGGGUGUGGAUAUUUUCCCAGGCUUGCUUCCUUUGUCUAUUAAAUGGCAAUCUGAGGUCAGUUUGUUUGUUUGUUUAUUACACUUGCAUUCUGUGCUUCUGUCAUAAUGCAGCUGAAGGUAACAUGGUCUCCCUUUGAGACAGUGACCUAGCAGAGCUUAGUUUCACUGGGGUUACUGUAUUAAAAGUUUUUGUGGUGUUUAUUUUAGACUACCACCCAGUUAUCAGUUCUUUCAGAGAGAGUGCAAGAUCACUUCUACAUUCUGUGUAAGAGCUUCCAUCAAAACCAUGACAAGGGAAAAUGCUUUUGCAUGCUUGGGGUGUCAGUAUGAACUAACUAGGAAGUCUGCCAAAAUCCUCUGCUAUGAGGCUGCUUCAGUUGGUUUGCUAACCGCACGAUGUCAGACAAGUAGAAUGAGAGCUCUUAUUCCAGGGAUGAUUCACUGCUUGUGGACAUCAUACACCUGACUGGCUUUCCUAAUGACAAUAAAUCAGGCAUUGUACUGGCCUGGUUUGCACAUUACGUUAAUCCGUGGUUAAAGGGAAAUGUAAUUAAAUGUGGACACGGAGUCUCUGGGUCGAUGCUGCUGAAAUCAUAGGUGCUUUGCUCCUCUCCUGCUUGGAAGGAAGCCAGUUAGGCUUGACAUGACCUGGUUUGAACCUGUGGUCUGUUUCCUCAUAAGCACAAGCCUGGGUUUAGGCAACACAAACAAAAUUCUGGAGUCUUUCCCUGCAGGAGAGGAGUAAAGCAUCAACACUUUUAGCGUGUCCUAGCAUGCUACUCAUUCAUAUCAAACUACAGCUUGUUUUAAUUAUGGUUUAAUGCAGCCCUCCAACUUUGGUGGUUUCCAGAUGCUACAACUCCCAACAGCCCAAGCCAGGAUAGCAGUGCAUGGCUAGGUUUUGGGAGUUGUAGUCCAGAGCAAUUGCAGGGUGGUAAAUGGGAGAAGGCUGGUUUGAUGUGGCAUGCAAACCAGGUCCACUUGGUUUUAGUGAAGGAGAAACAGUCAUUCUCACCCAGUGCUUUGUUGCUGGAGAAUGCCAGUUGGUUCAGUGACACUGACAAAAAAACCCCCACAUAUAUUAAGUAAAAUAUGAACAUCGUCACCUGACCCCAUCCCACCCCACCUCCCCCAUCUACCUCUAUCCCCCUCUUCCCAAUGUCUCAACAAAUGAAACCGAUUUGUAAAAAUGUUACAAGAGACAUUGCAUAUAUUUCUGCAAAUCAAGAAAAUCUUUAAUAAAAAAGCAUACCUUAAAAAAAUUGUCUGCAAUUAGUCUUUGACCUGUCUUGUAGGCUGCUUGCUUUUUAAAAAAAAUAAUUUUGCUCUUCACUCAUGCUUCUUAAGGCAGUUAACAUGGGAAAAAUUGAUGGAGAAUCUGAACUAUCCAGCUCACCAGCAAUAUAAUGGUGGUGGUGGUGGUAGUAGUACAGUGGUGCUUCGCUAGACGAAUGCCCUGUAAGAUGAAUUUUUCGCUUAACGAAGAGAUUUUUUUAGCGUAGGUUGCCUCACAAGACGAAUUCGUUUUGUGAAAAAUUCGUCUAGCGAAUCACGGUUUCCCAUAGGAAUGCAUUGAAAUUCAAUUAAUGCAUUCCUAUGGGCAAAAAAUAAUUCAAUGCAUUCCUGUGGGAUUCGCUAGACUAAUUUUUCGCAAAAUGAAUUGACUCACAGAACGAAUUAAAUUCGUCUAGCAAGGCACCACUGUAAAGCUAAAAAGUCUGAAUGAAUAAGGUAGUGUUCUGGCAUUGAAAGAUAACCAAAUGGGUACCGAUAAGACAGCCAGUCUGCCACUGACUUCUGGUGGGGGCACCCAGAGGACAACCUCCAAAAAUGACAGUGCAUAGGGAGGGUGACAUGGGAACAGCUGUGGCUUCAGGUUUCCAUGGGUCCCAAGCUGUGUAGGGCUUUAAAGGUAAGCAGCAGCACUUUGAAAUUACCUUUAAAAAUGUACUGGCAGAGACACUCCUGGCCAGAUGCAUUCUCAAAUAUCAACUCCAGUUAAUCGUUAAUUAAUUAUGGCAUUAUACAAUGCCUCUUAUUCUCUUUCUCUGCCCCACCCUCUGAGCAUGAGGUUGUCCUUAAGGGCUGUCAAGAGUUUCUUAAGGAGUUUUGUGUAGAGAGGGAGAUUUUUAAGCCUUGCCUUUCAAAGGAGCACAUGAGUUAACACAUUCCUGACCACUUCUCUAUCACUGACAGAAUAGAAAUUCACAGUAAAUCAUUUUUUAAAAUGAAUAAAAUCCUGGGAAAAAGCUAUGAUUUUCAAGAAGCUGAAUUCAAACCUAGGCACACUUCCUGGCCAGUCCUGAUAUACAUGUUCCAUGCCAGCUGCAAACAUGUCUGAGAUGGGUGCUUUUAGAAAAUAUCAGCUAAAACCAUCUACUAGCCAUGUGUUUUUAAAAAGGGAGAAAAGCACAAUACUUGAUUCUCAAUGUUAUGUUCAUUGAUAUGCAAAUAGAUUUUACUUUUUGGUCAGCAUCUCCAGUGUCCAAAACAGCUGGGUUCUGAUUCUUUACUGGCAUCCUUCAGUAGUAACACCUGCAAGGCAUAGAUCUUAUGGACUGCAGCAUAAUCUCCAGUGCAAAACCACAGCUGGUGUUUUAAAGCAGUAUGUAUACUCCACAUGGAUGAGGUUGAGCUGACAUUCUAGGUGUAGUUACGAUUCUGUAGUCUGCAAUGUUUAGAUUUUGAUUUGUGGAUGUUUGGUUGCUACUUUCUAAAAAUUGGGACUCUAGUCCUUGAUAAUUAGAAAUCUGGGUUUCUUGUCUUUCUGAGCCUUUGCUCACGUUGCUGUGCUGUUGUGCUCCCAGCCAAUAUACGGUAAAUGGGAAAAGCCAUUUAAGGAUUAUUAAUACAUGUUCAGAUGUCCCUGCACCGAGGCAUUGGUUUGUAGCCUUCAGUACUACAACAGUACAUUCUGACAUAGUGAGCUGGUCUUCUUUCAAUAAAUGUCUAUAUGAGCUCAUCAUAUUGUACUUUGUGAAUUUUUACGUUGAACUAAGACACCAUUGAGACGCAGGUGGCGCUGUGGUCUAAACCACAGAGCCUAGGGCUUGCUGAUCAGAAGGUCAGCGGUUCGAAUCCGGGGUGAGCUCCCAUUGCUCGGUCCCUGCUCCUGCCAACCUAGC